AUGCUUUGCAGAGUUUUCUCGGGGAGUUCUUCAUCUCAGCAAUCUUUCCCUUUCAGCUCUGGCUUUUCUCCUCAUAAUGAAGAGGUUGUACUCGCGUCUUCACCGUACUCAGAGGUUUUGAGCUUUCCGGUUGGUGUCUUCGUACUGUUCGGCUAG